AUGUCUCGACGCAGAUAUAGCAUCUCCGACCAUAUUAAUUUCUUGAUAUGGCAGCAAAGUCAUCCCAGCAGCAAUAACCAGCCACCAUCUCAGACAACAUCAAACUGUUUAGAUGAAUUCCCCAUCGAAUUUCACAUGCGUAGAGUAGUGAAAGUGGAGAACUACAUCGGCUAUCAUCCCUUACCACUGGUUUCCUACGAACAAACAUUUCAUGACACAAAAUCCGUCAGGCUCCCCAAAAAUCAAGUGAUGUUGCAUGACAAUGAUGGCAUUCUUUUAAUGUCGUCUGUGCUUAGAGACUUGGACAUCCCAGCGAGAAAUCAUGGUCCUGUGUUACAAAAAAUAGCAAGUGUUGCUUCAUCGGCUGGGAGAUCAAGGAUGCCAAUUGUUGUGAAUUUAUUGCGCACGGUGAAACAUGUAAUAAAGGUAGACAGGAUUGAUGAUUUGGAGUUUUCAUUUCAUGAGGAUGAUGUGGCCGAUGAUAUGAUAGUUUUGGACUCCAUGGAGACUUAUGAGCCUAAGCUCAUUCCAGCGACUAAUUCUUCCAUUCAGGCUUUGGAGAAGGUUAAGUUUCAACAAGGGUUGAUGAACUCGGUACAAGAAUGUACCAUCUGCAUGGAAGGGUUUCAGACUGGUUUGGAAGUCACUCGCAUGCCGUGUUCACAUGUCUAUCACGAAGGUUGUAUUGUCAAGUGGUUGAAGACGAGUCACUUCUGCCCCUUAUGCCGAUAUCCAAUGCCACACGACUGUUAA